GGGGCGCGGUGACACAGCGGCAGCUGUGACCCGAACCGGAUUUGAUUCGUGCCGUGCUCCCGCCGCUCUCACCGCCGCUCCUCGGGGUCCAGCCGCCUUCCAACAUGGCGCUCAGCGAUGCCGACGUCCAGAAGCAGAUCAAGCACAUGAUGGCUUUCAUUGAGCAGGAAGCCAAUGAAAAGGCUGAAGAAAUAGAUGCAAAGGCUGAAGAAGAAUUCAACAUUGAGAAGGGUCGCCUUGUGCAGACGCAGAGGCUGAAAAUCAUGGAGUAUUAUGAAAAGAAAGAGAAACAAAUUGAGCAGCAAAAGAAAAUUCAGAUGUCCAACCUGAUGAAUCAAGCAAGACUGAAGGUCCUCAAAGCAAGGGAUGACCUUAUUUCAGAUUUGCUGAAUGAGGCCAAGCUAAGACUUGCCAAGGUGGUGAAGGAUACUGCCAGGUACCAAAUACUGCUGGAUGGACUAGUUCUACAGGGAUUCUACCAGCUGCUUGAGCCUAGAAUAGUUGUUCGGUGCAGGAAACAAGAUCUCCCUAUGGUUAAGGCUGCCGUACAGAAGAGCAUUCCUAUCUACAAAAAUGCCACAAAAAGGGAUGUGGAUAUUCACAUUGACCAAGACAACUUCCUGCCAGAGGAAAUUUCUGGAGGUGUUGAAAUCUACAAUAGUGAUGGUAAAAUUAAGGUUUCUAAUACGCUGGAAAGUCGGCUGGAUCUCGUAGCCCAGCAGAUGAUGCCAGAAAUCAGAGUGGCUCUCUUUGGUGCUAAUGCCAACAGGAAAUUUUUGGACUAAACCUCUAUAAUAAUAAAAGGUGGGAUCUGUUCCACUGCCAUACUGAGGGAAUGCAAAAGCAUCUGCUAAUUUAAAAUCUCAAAAUGUAACGUUACUGUGUCAUCCAAUCACUUCUUCAAUGGAAUAAUUUUGCGUACCUGCUGUGCUUAGCCUCUCCACUUGUGGUUAGAAUGUAUAGCUUAAAGGAUGUGAGGACGUGUAUGUGCAUCCAGGGGUGACACUAGAAGAUGGAGGCUUUUGGGCUCUUUGCUUUCCUUGCACUGCUGUGGCUCUGUAAAGACAAGUGCUCCAUUUAAGGUCGCUCAUUUUACUUUGGCCACAUUUCUCUCGAGUUGUCUAAUCUGUGAUGUAAAUUACCGUUCUGCCCAUGGGACUGUCCCCUUUCAGUGAAGGUCUUCAGUGUUAUAGAGGGCAUGCAUUCCUUCCCUGGGUUAGUAGCUCAAUUCUUGUUACUUGGUCAGGCAGUUUUCUGUUCUGUAUAUGUGAUUUUAAAGACAAACAACAACAACAAAAUGCCUGAGCCUGUAAAACACUAUUUAUUAAAAUAAAAAUGUGUGUGUGUA